CAGCACUGGCCGACCCCUUCAAGUGCCACCGCUUAUAUUCUCGGGGUCCCCCGUCCUCCCCCGAACGCCCCAACCCUGCCUUGGAAUUUUUUUCCUCUCGUCCUCACCCUUCAUUUCCAGGUUUUCCAGCACCUCCCGUGCCGAAUCUUCAGCUUCUCUCCACCACCACCCACUAUAAUUACUAUUCGGCACAACACGCCAGCGAGCGCACAAGCAUAAAACCCAAAACCCAAAACAAUGCCGCGCCCACCAAAGAACAAGGCCGUUGAGCCCGUCCUCGCCGCUGCUCUCCCCGCCGCUGCUCCUCUGCUCGCGCCUGCGAAGGUCAUCGAUGUUGACAACUUCAUUCGCGUGAGAGACUCGGUCUAUGCCCGCUUGACCACCAUCCAGGACUUGAUUAAGAGUUUCUCGGUUGACUACCUGCGCCAGACCAACCUCCUCCUCGGGGAAGGCACUAAUCUUGACAAUGUUCCGGACGCCGGCGUCUUCGACAAUGCUCUGGGCGGCCUCCUGCCGCAGCCAUUCCCGUUGGCCGCGCCCGUUGAGGAGAAGAAGGAGCGCAAGAAGCGCACUCAUGAUCUCAACGCGCCCAAACGGCCUCUGACGCCGUACUUCCUGUACAUGCAGACGGCCCGCCCCAUCAUUGCUAGUGAUCUUGGUACGGGCGCUCCCAAGGGCGCUGUUCAAGAAGAGGGGCGUCGCCGGUGGGCUGACAUGGGAGCCUCCGAGAAGCAGGGCUGGAACCAGGCGUACCAGUACAACCUGCGCCUCUAUAACGCGCGUGUUCAGGCCUACAAGCGCGGCAACGCCGCCGCCAGGGACAUGAGCGACGAGGAGGCCCUCAAGUUUGCCGACGAGUAUAACAUCGAGAUGCCCGUCAGCGCAGCGAUCGAGGAGCCGCUGGCCAACGAGCAGGACGCCAUCGCCGAGCAGCUUCAGCAGCACAGCGCCGUCGCCGAUGAGGCUGACGAGGACGAAGACGAGGAGCCAGCCCCACCGGUCCCAGAGGCCAAGACGCCCCGCAAGUCUGCGAAGGAGACCCGCAAGAGGAAGACGGCCACGCCCGCCGCCGCCGAGGCCGAUAGCAAGGCCGCCGCCACGCCUGCGAGCCCGGACAGGAAGCGCAAGCGAACCUCCAAGGCUGCCGCCGAGGUGGUGGAGGAACCUAAGAAGUCUGGUCGCAAGAAGACUAAGAGCAGCUAAUAACCUGCCUGAGGUGGCUGGAUUCGGUCAGCUGCGCUUGACUGUUCCUCUUGUCAUGAUGCCUGCCAGAUCCGUCUUUCUUGUCUCGCGCUUUUCGGAGGGGCUGGUUUCUUCCCCCAUGACCUCCUGGUAUCUCGCACUAUUCCCCCUACCUUCUCAGGAUGGGAUUGCCAGAUCGUGUGUUUAGGGGGGGUGUUGGGGCGCAGCACUUCUUAUCACUGUUACAUGCUUUCAUUAGGGUUUAUGUAGGUAUUGUCAUUGGACGACGGCAAGGGGCUAGGGAGGUUUUUCCUUUUUCAGGCGGGCUUUGGUCGUGGUAUUUUCCCUCGCUAGGACUCGGUAGGGCUGGGGGA